AUGGCUCAGGCUAAAAGGACCUCCCUUACAAAACUGUCCCCAUCACCUUCGCUUUCUCCACCAGUCGCAGACGGUAUGGCCUCUUUCAUCAAUAUGGGCGAUGUUGUCGCCAUAAUCUCACUAGCCACUAAAGCUACGAGAGUUAUACGCGACAGCCGUUACGCACCUGCGGAAUACCAAGAACUACAGAAAGAGCUCGCCUCGCUUCGCAUACUUUUCUCCAACGUCGAGCGCGUUGCGUUAGCCAGUGAAGCUGAAAACGAUCUCCCCAUAGUCCCCCAACGACUACUGGAUUCUUCCUCUAUCGAUAGCGUCUGUCAACUCGCUCCACCAUUUUCCUCGGAUAUCCAAGAGGUCAUACAACGAUGCUUCGACCUACUAACGUCAUUCACCAAGAAAACGGAGGAAUACAACAAAUAUCUCUCUGAAUCCUCCACGGGGAAUCGUUUCGUUUCUAUCUGGAAGCGAUUAUGCUGGGCAGCUCUCAAAAGAAAGCAAGUCGCGAAGCUGAAGGCCGAGCUGUCUCACCAGAGACAGUCUCUUGGCAUGUUGCUUUCGUCGAUUCUACUGGUAUCAACAGGUCGCAUUGAAGACAUCAUGAUCCGCAGAUUUACGCAGCUGGAGGAUAUCCACAAGCUCCUCAGCGGGCCAACCGUAUGGCUGGUAGACGCUUCUCUACAUCGCAUGCGCUUCCCGUUCGGGAUUUUCUCCACCUGGGAGUCGUUCCGCUUCGCUUUGAAAACUCAUCUAAGGCACGGGGCGGGGGGUGCUCUUAUCGCUCGCGGCGCGUUCGAGCUGGUACAUGAAGAAACGCAUGCCAUCGUCAGCGAAACCACUUGGCACGACCUCAUCAAACCGGAGGCUACCAUCUGCGUAAACAUAAUACUGUGCACCAAACGUUCCGAACGGGUCUGCCCAAGCUGUCAACAACCCUGCGACUCCUCCGGAAAUGAUAUUGGUGCCCCAACACGCCAGCAGAUACAAGCUGUGAGCGGCACCGAAGAUAUCGAGCAGAUCGACGUCGAAUCGGACGACGCAGAGUUGCGGCAGGAGUUCAAGCUUCUGCGCAGGUUCCACAUCGUUCAGUCGAAGCAAGCCAGCGUGCGGCAUGAGGUAUUUUUCGGAAUCAUCGAUCUUGGCUCUCACAAACUAAUUUUAACCCCACCUCUUCAAGGCAAAAAGGUGACAGUGGGCGGCAGCUUCGCCAAGCCUCAGAGUACGUUUGAUCUCUUUCUCCCGUCUUUUUUCAUACGCUGA